GGUGCUCGCCGCUCGGACGUACCAACAUCACGGCAAGUUUACUACCAGAAAACAAAAAAACUGACAUUUUGUUCAAGAAUUUGAUAUUUUAUCGUGUUUUGUAAAUUGAACUAGCCGUGUUCUUUCGGUUGGCGUAUUAUUCACUUCAUUUCAGCUCUGACCAACUGAUGCGUCUGCUUGUUUACCAUUUAGUUUAUGAAGUUUGAAACAUCUUAGGAAGACGCGAAGCCCUUUUUGUGAUUUUUGUCAACAUUUUGUGCAUCUAUUAAAUCGUUGUUUUGUCACGCCACUUAUGAAGCAAAAUGGCAGGACCUGAGGGAGGCGCCCCGCCAGGGGCAUUUUCCGCUGGAAUGCCCCACAUGGCUCCUGGCUUUAUUCCAACCCCAGGAAUGGCAAACCCUGGACCCAUGUUCAACAUGCCGCCUCCUGGCUUCGGCGUUCCAGGCUAUGCCCCAGCAACCAACGGAGAGAGCCAGCUGAACGGUGUUGAUGACAACUCCAACCCAUCUCUAGGUUUCAAAAAGAGCGAUUGGUCAGAACACACUGCACCUGACGGUAGAAUCUAUUAUUACAAUUCUGUUACCAAGAAUAGCUUAUGGGAGAAACCGGAUGAACUGAAAACCACCACAGAGCUCCUCCUCUCCAAAUGUCCCUGGAAAGAGUACACGUCAGAAACUGGUAAAACCUACUAUCACAAUGUUGAAACUAAAGAGUCCCGUUGGGUGAUACCAGAUGAACUGAAAGAUCUGAAAAAUCGGAUUGCUGCUGAAGAAGUUAAAAGCAUUGCUGUUCCUGCCAUUGCUGGUAUUGGAGGUCCUUCCCUACCCCUAGGGGCUGCUCCUAUGAUGCCCAUUCCCCCUGGUGGAGUACACCUUGGCACACCACCUCACAACAUGAAAAACAGCUCUGCUCUGGAUGCGGCAAUGGCAGCCACCCUUGCCACUCUUGGAGGCGGAGGUGAUGCUGCAUCCAAGAAAGGAUUUACCCCGGCUAAUAAAAAUGAUGGUGCUGAACCGAAAUUAGUUUUUAAAGAUAAAAAGGAGGCAAUUGAGGCUGUGAAAGACCUGCUGAGGGAUCAUGAUGUACCAAGCAAUGCAUCAUGGGAAGCAGCAGUUAAAUUAAUUCAGCAUGAUUCAAGGUAUGCUGUUAUAAAGAAUUUGAAUGAGCGAAAACAGGCAUUUAACGCUUACAAGACACAAAGACAGAAGGAAGAAAAAGAGGGUCAGCGAUUAAGAGCCAAAAAGGCUAAGGAGGAUCUUGAGGAAUAUUUGAUGAACAAUCCUCGAAUGACUUCUUUGACCAAGUAUUACAGAUGUGAAGAAAUGUAUGGAGUCCUUGAUGUUUGGAAGAAUGUGAGUGAAAACGACAGAAGGGAUAUCUAUGAAGACGUAAUCUUCAAUCUUGCAAAAAAGGAAAAAGAAGAUGCUAAAAAUCUGAAAAAACGUAACAUGAAAACCCUGUCAGAAAUUUUGGACUCGAUGACUAGCAUCAAUUAUCGUUCCACUUGGCAAGAAGCUCAGCAGGUGCUCAUUGAAAACCCUGCUUUUGCUGAUGACGCAGAUUUAUUGGCCAUGGACAAAGAAGAUGCAUUAAUUGUAUUUGAAGAACAUAUAAGAGAACUUCAGAAGGAGGAAGAAGAAGAAAAGGAAAGGGACAAGCGCCGAUUAAAAAGACAGCAUCGAAAGAAUCGAGAUGCUUUUAUUUCUCUCCUAGAUGAACUUCACGAACAAGGGAAACUUACAUCUAUGUCAUUAUGGGUCGAACUCUAUCCAAUUAUUAGUGCUGAUCUAAGGUUUUCAGCCAUGCUAGGUCAAGGAGGUUCAACUCCUUUAGAUUUGUUUAAAUUUUAUGUUGAAGACUUGAAGUCUCGCUUCCAUGAUGAAAAGAAAAUAAUAAAAGAAAUAUUGAAGGAGAAGAACUUUGAUGUACAAGUGACCACUUCAUUCGAAACAUUUGCAACUGUGGUUUGUGAUGAUCGUAGAUCAGCUACAUUGGAUGCAGGCAAUGUCAAACUUACAUAUAAUGCUUUGCUUGAAAAGGCUGAGGCAAGAGAAUCACAGCGCCAAAAAGAUGAGGCCAGGAAAUUCAAGAAACUUGAAGCUGCGUUCAAGCAGCUGAUCAAAUCUACGGAUGUAACAUAUGAAACUCCUUGGGAAGAGGCCCGCCUGAAAUUUGAGGGUGACAAAGCAUUUGAGGCAAUCACCCUUGAAUCUGAGCGUGUUCGGAUAUAUAAGGAAUUUCAACAUGAAAAUGAAGAUUCUUGUGCUCAUUAUCACAUUCGGCCCAAAAAGUCAAAAAAAUCAAAAUCAAAGAAAAAGAAAUCAAACUCCAGAUCCAGAUCUCGAUCAUUAUCUGACACAGAAGAUGAACAUGGGAAGAGGAAAAAACGAAAGAGGAGGUCACGUUCUAGAAGUGAAAGUCAUUCAAGUUCAGGUUCUGAUAGACAUCCAUCAAAACGAUCCAAACGCAAGAAGGCCAAGAAGAGGAAAGGAAGAAGUAGAUCGCCUUCAGCUCACCGGUCAGGCUCAGAUGAUGGCACCAGAAGUAAAACUGCUCCUCCUGCAGAAGACACUGUGGUCUCUGAUGCAACUGUGUUCCCCCCUGAAGUAAGCGUUGAGAAGGAUCCCCCUGAAUCUCCUUCUGCUGUUAAGGAUGCCCCUAAAGAAGAAGGAGAAACUACCGAUCGGGUGUCAGAGGAAAGAGAACUCAGUGAAGAUGAACUUGAAAAUCAGAGACUGCUUCUCUUGAAGCAGCUUCAAGAGCAACAAGAGGAUUAGUGUCUGUGAAAAAGAGAAACAAAUUUUACUUACAACAAUCUGCGUGCUUGAAUUUGACAAUGGUUAUUUUCAAAUAACCAAAACCUUCAUUGUAUGGACUGUUUGUAUGAAUUUGCCCCAUAUUGGUGCAGAAGAAAUAAUUUGUACAAAGGGUAAUCAAUUUUCUCUUAGACCAGAGUGUAGUCAAAUGUGUCUUGGGAUAGCUGAUAAUCAUUGGAAUGCUAAAUGGUCAACUCCUUUAUCAUUUAAUCGUUUUUCAAUCAUGCUUACCAUGGUUUUGCUCAUUUAGUAUGAUGAAAAUGAGUGGCAAAGGGGAGGCAGUGCCAAGCUGUGUUUUAUUCAAUAUUGCAAAUUUUUUAUAAGUAUUACACAAAAUUAGUAAAAAAAAUUUCAAACCUCUUAAGUAUAUUAUUUAUGGUUCAAAAGCGUCAUGUGUGACAACCAUUUUAGAGUCAUAAGUGGGCUGCGUACCUUUUGUUACUGUGGUUUCAUUUCGAGUUUCACUUCCUGUAAACCAUCCAGUGAUUUUAAUUUUUUAACUUAUUAAAAGGUUACAUCAUAUCUGAAUUUAGUCAUUGUACUUAAAAGACACCAAAAAAACAAAACAAAAAAAAACCUCUGGAGUCAUAAUGUAAAUCAGAACACCACUCAUGAACUUUGUGGAUUUUAAAAUAAUCUGUGAACAUAAAAUAAAUAAUGCAACUAA